AAAAAGGGUAAAAACAGUCAGGAUCAUAAACUAUUGCGAAAUUAAUACAAAAUGUGGAAACUCGGAGUCUUCUUCAUCAUUGUAGCGCUGGGAUCUACCUCUGGACAAAAUAUUAUUUUAAACUGCCUGUUCGACGACUAUGGAACAGGGGAUGUCUACAUGUGUAGUCUAGGACACAUCACGGUUUUAGAUCCCUCAAUGAAUGUGACAUUUAAUGGAACACAUACCGGCAAUAGAACUGAUGCCGAUGUUGAUCUUGUGGAAAUUUGGAGUUCAAAUACGCCGUUCAUAAUCAACCAAUUAUUUAUCACUUUUCCUAACUUGCAAUAUCUUAAUAUUUAUGAUAGCAACUUAGCAACUGUUGUCAUCCCGCCAGUGGCUCAACUAGUGCAACUAGUUAUUCAGGGCAACAACGUUUCGAAAAUUGAAAGUAAUUCGUUCCCCAACCAAACACAGCUUCGUUACUUCUAUAUUACCAAUAGUGGAGUUACAGAUAUCGAUCAAGAUGCCUUCGUGGGCUUGCAUGGAGUUGAGGAUUUUGCGUUUUGGAACAAUAACAUUCAGAAAUUAGCUCCACGAACACUGGCUCCAUUGACAAAUGCUAAGCGGAUGACUUUUCGAAUGAACAGGAUUUCAAUAAUCGACGAAGAUACUUUCUUACACAACAAGAACCUGGAAUUACUUGAAUUGACAGACAAUCAAAUCCACCAAAUUCAUCCACGCGCGUUUGCCAGUUUAAGAAAUAGCUUGUCUUCCCUUUAUUUGAAUGGGAAUCAGUGUGUCAGCCAAAUUUUUAGGCUUGAAAACGAUCAAGAUUGGUCUGCAAUGAAUAUUGCGCUUGCACGAUGCUUCGGAUCCCGUACCCGUACUAAGGAAAUAAACAAUGGACCCAUGACAAUCUACAAUUAGUAUGGAAACAUAAUUGCCAAAUUUUAAGAACUAAUGAUGAAGAAGAAGGAAUUUUAUUAACAGAAAAUAAAGAGUUCUGUCUGA